AUGACUACACUCUUUUUAGGCACCAAUGCUGGUCCUUUACUGGCUGAAAGAUGGGCACCAGAGCUUCCUACAUGUACAAACACCACAGAUUUUGUUUAUGCAGGCUGUUUCAUAGAUCCAAGCUCCCCAAGUGCUUUGUUAUUCAGGACCGAUCUCAAUAGUCAAAACAUGACAGUUGAAAUUUGUGUUGAUUUCUGUAAAGGUAAUGGAUAUAAAUAUGCUGGAUUAGAAUACUACGGAGAAUGUUUUUGCGGUGCCUCUGUUGGUGGCCCACAAACGUCCGAAUCAAAUUGUUCUUUCCCAUGUACUGGAGAUAAUACCGAAUCGUGCGGUGGGAAUGAUAUACUCUCAGUUUACCAAGAUACCACAUUCCCAACUGUCGAUAGUACUACCAUUUCUGAUUACACACCAAUGGGAUGUUAUUCCGAUCUUGGGCCCAAUGGUCGUACUCUCGCAUGGAAACAAGACCAAAUCCCCGACGCUGAUUUAACGAUCGAAGCUUGUCUUCAAGCAUGCAAAGAAGGAGGGUAUGCUUUUGCUGGAGUUGAAUACUCACAAGAAUGUUAUUGUGGUGUUGUACUUGGUAAUGGAACCGCAAAAGUUGAUGAGUCAAAUUGUCAAAUGACUUGUAACGGUAAUACCACCGAGUUAUGCGGUGGUGCAGCAAAUCUAUACCUUUACGUCGCCGAAGACUUGCUAUCAACGGAUCCUUGCAAUGGUAAUCCAGGUGGCCCAGUAUCAUCUUCGACCAGUUCAUCUUCUCCAUCUACUUCAGCUUCUACUUCAGCUCCAGUAUCCUCGUCUACUGGAACAACGAUCACUUCAACUUUGAGCUCAUCAAUCUCGAGUUAUUCUUCUUCUUUGUCGAGUGAUACUAGUUCAUCUUCAGCAGCUUCUACACCAUAUUAUUCUCCACCACCAUAUACACCUCCACCAUAUACGCCUCCACCAUACACGCCUCCACCAUACACACCGCCUCCUUAUUCCUCCGCUCCGGUAUCUUCAUCUAUCUAUUCGUCUGUUAUAACCUCGUCCUCUUCCUCGCCAGCUUCAUCCGCACCAGCAUCCUCAUCGUCAUCGGUUUCAUCAUCCGCUCCAUCGUCCUCGUCGACAUCUAUUUCCCCACCUUCUUCCUAUUCAAUUCCUUCAAGUUCCGCUUCAUCGUCGUAUUCAUCCGCUUCAGCUUCUUCCUCUUCGUCCCCAAUCUCAACUGCCCCUUCGUCGUCGGCUUCUUCCUCAUCGCCAGCCUCAUCAUCGUCUUCUGUUUCAUUCGCUGCUCCAUCCUCUUCUUCCACUCCUGUUUCUCCGUCAUACUCCUCAUCGCCACCAACCACAUAUUCAGCUCCUGCAUCUUCUUCCUCGAUCUCACAUCCUUCAUCCACCCCUCCAUUAUCAUCUUCAUCAAUUACAUCUAAUCCUCCAUCAUCAUCACCUUCCUCGACAGCAGGACCAACUUCUCCAACAUUAUCUUCCUCUACAAUUUCCUCGACGAUUUCUUCUCUUUCUUCGCCUUCUACUAUUCCUCAAUCUUCGACCACGACAUAUUUUUCAUCUUCGGUAUCUUCAACUGCUCCAACAUCCUCGACAAUUACAAUUUUACCCUCGACAUCCAUAUCAUCCACACAGCCAUCCACUACUGCCUCUCCGACUACACCAAAAACUAUCGCUACAAUAUGCACCACUACUAUUGUAACAACUCCAACCCCAACCUGCGAAUAUAAAGUUGGAAACUGGUGUUCUAAUCCCCUCCCUCCCUUUACCGAUCAAAAUUCUUGCUUGGCUGCUGCAAAUACUUGUCUCGUACAAUUGACAUCCUGUCUCUUGUCCGCUGGAUUCCCUGGAUCCCUUCAAUGUCUACAAUUUUCCUCUUGGUGUGAGGAAAUUGAAUCUUAUUGUGGGAGCUAUUGUCCUGGGUCUUCUUGUUCAAACACUGGAUGUAGAUCUAGACAUCCUCCAGCAGGCUACACGCCCCCAGUUAUCAGUGUAAGAACAAGUAUCUACACAUGUCCCACCACUAUCCAAACCUCAACAUCCAAACCAACAUCUACCUCUUCAAUCGCUCCUCUUCCUACGUGCAACAACAUCUGCGUUCAACCUAGUAAUCCUUCUCAAGGAUACAGUUCCUAUUCUCCUGUUGGAUCAAUUCCAAUUCCAUGCUAUACAUGCAAUAAUCUACAACCAGAAUAUAACUCAGGGUAUCCAUUUAAACUCUAUACAGCCAGAAAUUCAGAAGAUAGUCCAAGUUACCAAAGACCGGAUUGUGGGCAAGGAUGUCAAGAUGCUUGUGACGCGCAGUAUGAAAGUUGUGUGGGUACUUAUGCUCAGGGUUGUGGAUAUGGAGGUGGUGGAGGGGGUGAUACGUAUGCAAGUGCAUUGGUCAAAUGUGUACAGCAAAAGGCUGAUUGUUAUAUUGUCAAUGAGGGGGUAGGAGGUGAGGGGAGAUGUGGGAGUUAUGGGGUGGGGUAUUAG